AAACCGACCCGAGCCGAGAAGUGGUACCGGCAGGUACGCUCUAACCUCGAGAAUCGGCCAUCACAACUGGCGCCCGAUCCGUGCGGCGGCUAGAAUUCAAUCAAACCUCUCACAUGCAUCACCACACAGAUUUCCAAGCUUAACGGGAAGAGAUAGCUCCGCCGUUUCAAACAUUUUCUGGAAUGACGCUUUAGAAAAACUACGGAGGAAAGAUCACCUAAACCGAUCGCGAUAAGCAUCCCUCGGAGAAUUCAAUCUAAGAUUCAUUAUCCGUGCAACGAUCCGAAUAUCCACUCCUAGCUUAGGACUCGCCGAAGUCCCACGACGCAACACUAAAAUCCACCCGAUUCCUUUCGAACGUAGGAGGGCAUUGUGACGCCCACGGUAGACACUACCCUGCAAUAUACACAUCCCGAUAAAACAACACUUCGGCCUCGUGCUUAGAAGCAUAGCUCCCACAAACUUCCAAUCCUAGAUCAAAUCUUGGAUCGCAGAUCCAAAACCUCUCGUUAAAAGAUCAGUAUCACUGGAGUUUUCUGCGACAACAUAUAGAUACCGGAGUUUAUUGAACUCGGUGUUGCUGGUCUAGUAACUAUCGAAUUUUAAGUUAUCAGCCCUGGAUAUCCCUUAUCGCCGAACAUCAUUCCUGUCGUGUUUGGCGCGACACACCGAAACGGAUAAUAUAUAAAUAUCAGAAAUGGGUUUCCCUCGCGCUGGUGUCCCCAAACCGGGACCGGCGAAGUUGACUGCCGGUGCUGGUUUAGACGAGUGGCUCGAGCAAGCGAAACAAUGUCGUUAUCUACCCGAGCCGGUAAUGAAGGAACUCUGCGAGAUGGUUAAGGAAGUCUUGAUGGAGGAAUCCAACAUUCAACCCGUUAUAACGCCAGUCACUAUUUGUGGUGAUAUCCACGGCCAAUUUUACGAUUUACUCGAGCUUUUCCGUGUUAGCGGUGGCAUGCCAGGCCAGCCCGCCACAGAACCCCCCGCCACCUCCACAUCCGUUAUCACGUCAGCCGAUAUCGAACCUCCCACCGAGAUUACUAAUCCGAAGCUGAAGAAGAAGAUAAAGAAGUCGAAGAACACAUCUGGAGACGUUCCAGGACUUCCUAGUGAUGAGUCGACCAAUGUGGAGGAAGAGGACGAGGAGGGUAACGAUUCCGUGAACAAUUCCCAGAGGAACUCCUCGGACUCCGUACAGCCAGUUAGCAAUGCCGAUACACGCUUUGUAUUUUUAGGGGAUUUUGUCGACCGAGGAUAUUUCAGUCUUGAAACAUUUACACUUUUAAUGUGCUUGAAGGCUAAAUAUCCUGACCGAAUUGUGCUCGUCCGUGGAAACCACGAGUCUAGGCAGAUCACCCAAGUAUACGGGUUUUAUGAGGAGUGCCAGCAAAAGUACGGAAACGCUUCUGUGUGGAAAUCCUGUUGUCAAGUCUUCGAUUUCUUAGUCCUGGCAGCUAUUGUAGAUGGGGAAAUACUCUGCGUCCACGGAGGAUUGAGUCCUGAGAUUCGUACCAUUGAUCAGAUCCGAGUGGUUGCGCGAGCACAGGAGAUUCCCCAUGAGGGAGCAUUCUGCGAUCUUGUCUGGAGUGAUCCUGAAGAAGUCGAGACUUGGGCUAUUAGCCCUCGAGGUGCAGGGUGGCUAUUUGGUGAUAAGGUGGCGACAGAAUUCAACCACGUUAACGGGUUGAAGCUGAUUGCUCGAGCUCAUCAACUCGUUAACGAAGGUUAUAAGUAUCACUUCCCGCAAAACUCAGUGGUUACGGUCUGGUCAGCCCCGAACUACUGUUAUAGGUGUGGAAAUGUUGCUUCGAUUAUGUCCGUGGAUAAGAACUUGGACCCGAAGUUUAGUAUUUUCUCGGCAGUCCCAGAUGAUAUGAGGCACGUUCCCGCAGGACGACGUGGUCCUUCCGAUUAUUUCUUAUAAUGAAUGCAUUGUAUCCUGGAUUGCAACCUCGAUUACGAAAUUUUGACAUACUUUUGAUACCAUUACCUAGGCGUUAAGGGACGGGCCGUUGUUAAUGAAUGUCUAUUUACAAAGCAUGAAGAUAUGAUAGGCACAACACACGAAAGGGUAUAGACAACACUGGUCAGGGGGCAUAUGUUUGUCACGCAGGAGGGGAUUUUGGCCAUGAACACCUUUGUAGCACCCUACAACACGGGAGCAGUCAUGUUAUAUGUAUAGUAGGGACUCGGAGGUCUCGUCCGUUACAUCGUAGAGUGUAGGGAGCUAGGAAUGUUGGGCUCCCAUGAACAUUGUACUAAUUGUGCUUGAUGAAACUUGACUGCUUUUGUUACGUAUUGUGCCAUAUACUUGGAUUCUGUACAUCUCCCAAAUUGUCUGGCAUUGAUAGAGUGUAUAAGACUUGAGUAUUAAAAAAAACCUUGAAAGUCA